UUUUGAUCACCUUGCUCAAUGAUUGCUCUUCAUCACGCCCUGCUAAUAACCGCAAAUAUUUAAGCUCCGGCCUCAGUCUUGGCUUAGCCUCUUCGGAGAGGCCUAAGGAUCGAAAAAUUUCGCGAGGUUCAUCGCUCAAUUUGGCCUUAUCGCUUGAGUUGAGUAGUGAAGGAGAUGUUGUGGCGAGAUCUGGCGUUUUGGAGAGACAGGUUUCUUCGAUCAGUGCAGUUUCGUCGCUUUCGGAUUCUGAUUUUAUGAAGAGUAAAGGUGGUGUAGGUAGCAUUCGAGAAUUGGGAGGCGGAAGAGAAGUAUUUGAUGAUCAUGAUCAAGAUGAAGAUGGAAUGGGUGGAAGAAAGAAACUUAAGCUUGAUCGGUUUCAGUCUCGAAUAUUAGAAGAUAGUUUCAAGGAUCACACCACUCUGAAUCUUAAGCAAAAGCAAGCAUUGGCUAGACGCCUUAAUUUGAAACCGCGACAAGUGGAAGUAUGGUAUCAGAACAGGAGAGCCAGAAACAAGCUGAAGCAAACGGAGAUGGAGUGUGAAAUGUUGAAGAAAUGUUACGAAACAUUAAAGGAUGAAAACAGAAGGCUGGAAAAGGAAGUGCAACAUUUAACAGCAAUUCAAGGGAAGGGGAUGAUGCAAGUGCCCCCAGCAAACCUCACUAUAUGCCCUUUCUGUGAGAGGAUUACCGGUUCUGUUUCUCGUUUCAUGACACCCUAAUCUCCUCUCUAAUUCCCUUUAGUAUAUAUCAUCCAUCUGCAUCUUGUUAACAACUUUGAAACCCUAGGUUUACACACUUGGAACUAAAAAUUGUGAUGUUCAUGUAAAAAGAAACAUCCAGUUACAUGUAGCUCUACCGAUAUGCACUUAUCAAAAUCCAUUUGUUUGUACUUUGUGCAGUAAUAUAAAUUGCUAUAUAAAUUGCUUUUACAUGGAAAAAUCGUUGGUAUUCGUAGGCGGAUAAAACUUACGUC